GUGGCUCAGGUGGAGAAGUUCACCGAGAGCAGCGGUCUGGGCAUCAGCCUCGAAGCCAACAGUGGUCAUCAUUACAUCUGCUCCGUCCUUCCUGAGGGACCCGUGGGUCGCUGUGGCAAGCUGUUCAGUGGAGAUGAACUAGUCGAGGUCAACGGUAUUUCCCUGAUCGGUGAAACGCACAAAGAGGUGAUCAGAAUCUUGAAGGAACUUCCAGUCUGUGUUUACAUGACCUGCUGUAGACCUGCUCCUGAUCUUCAGACUGACAUGGAGACCGUCCAACCAGAUUCAGAGGCUUUGUCCACAGUGUAUACAUUAAAGGUACUGUAUGUCCUUGACAAAAGCAAAUGCGGUUCAGUUUAUUAAUAUAGCACCAAGUCAAAACAAAGGUCGUCUCAGGACGCUGUACUAAAAAUCCCAAGCAAUUUUCUAUUUCAAUUCUUUAUUCAUUUAAUUAAAACAAAACAAAUAAUUUUAUAUAC